AUGUUCUCCUCUUCGCUGUUGUUGGGAGCGCCGGCCGCUCUUUCUCUUUUGAUCUCUACCGCCCAAGCGGUAGCUCCCGCACGGCGGGCGACAACCUGCAAUGGCUAUGCCGAGCUAUGUGAUCGUAGUUUCGGCAACAUCACCUUUGUCGGCGCGCACGACUCGUAUGCUGUAGGCGUUGGCAAAACGGCCGCGAACCAGGACUACGACAUUACACAGCAGCUCAAUGAUGGCAUCCGCAUGCUGCAAGUCCAAGCGCACAAUAAGGACGGCACCAUCGAGCUCUGUCAUAGUAGCUGCAGUCUGCUUGACGGUGGUUCGCUGCAAGAUUAUCUGGGAACCCUCAAAUCAUGGCUCGAUUCCAAUACGAACGACGUCGUGUCCUUGCUUAUUGUGAACAACGAUGACCUGCCCGCAUCCCAGUUCGGUAGCGUCUUCUCCGCAGCGGGUCUCGAAUCGUUGUCGUACUCUCCCUCUGCUUCAAGUUUGACCGCGAGUGAAUGGCCGACUCUCGGAUCGCUCAUUGAUAACGGGACUCGCCUUUUGACGUUCAUGGACUUCAAAGCCGACUUCACCUCAGUGCCAUACAUCAUCGACGAGUUUUCCAAUAUUUGGGAGACGGCAUACGAUGUAACAGACACAACCUUUGAUUGUGCUGUCAACCGCAGCUCGGGCGAUACGUCCACGUCUAUGUACCUCAUCAACCACUUCCUCGACAAGACCACUACGUUACUCGGCACUACGAUCUUUACGCCUGAUACCUCGGCCUUAAAUACGACCAACGGCGUGAGCGGCACUGGCGCACUCGGCACGCAAGUCUCGACAUGCGCUGCCGAGUACGGGCGCAACCCCAACUUCAUGCUCGUUGACUACUACGAGUAUGGUAAUGGCAGCGUCUUUGAGGUUGCGGCCACCGCGAACGGCGUCACGUACAGCCCGACUUCGGCCAUUGCUACACCCAAGUCGACUUCAAGCUCUACAACGGCAGCCGCAAGCUCUGCGAUGAAGCCCAUGAUAUCUACUGCGGCGGCACUGUCGCUGUUCGCUACUGCAUCAGGUGUACUUCUCGGCGGUGCGCUCGUGCUUUGA